CAGUAGAUGUAGACUAGAGCUCAGACAGGGGGGAAAAAUAUCCAGUGCAAUGGCCCUUUAAAACUUCUGACAAAAGCCCAUAUGAUCCCUGAGCUCCAAUCACCAAUUCCUACUGCAAAAGCAGCCUCUGCAUUUUUGUCUGUCUGAAUGCUGCUAGCACGGCGAAAAAAAAAACAGUGAGGGGAAGGAAAACUGAAGAAAUGUGAAAAUCCGACGUACUAUUACAUGGCGAGCGGAAGUCCUGCGCAAACGGAGUUAUUCGCAGACUCCUUCGAUGCUAGAGACCUCGGAUCAAAAUGCCGAUGCCGAUGAGGACUUCCCUGAGCAGAAUUUGCUGGACCUACAGAAACUCUGCAGUAAACACCUGCUACCCUCCCUUGUUUUACUAAAACCACAGGAAAGUGGUGAGGACAGCUGCUGAGUUCUUUCUGCUUGAAGAUGCAGCUCUGCACUUUACUCGUUUAAUGGACAGGCAUCUCUACCAGCCUCAUUUAUGCGACGUGGACCUCGUGCUGGUUUCCUCCCACAAGGACGUGCUGGGUGACCACGUCCCCUUCUUUCAGGCCCUCCCCUCCCAGAGUCAACCGCUGCACCCCAUAAACCUGGCCUUUGAGUUGCUGAGUAUCCAAAUCCUCAGCCUCAUCAAUAUCUCCAUCUUCGAAGUCCUACAAGUGGCCGUUGUGAUGAGUUCUUGCCACAAGCUACUUGGGUCCAGUGAGAUGGCAGAAACAGGCGGGCAGGGUACUGCCUCGUCCAAUCAGAUGUACAAGAUGAAGGAGCUCGAGAAGAUGUACACCCAACAAGGAAAUGGUACAUUCUCGUUGCUUGACAGUGGGGAAGUUACGCAGACGCAAUUAUCUAGCGUCCACUCCAGCCCUCAAGCCAAACACUUUUACAAAAAAGACGACAGUGGAGGGGGAGUGGCUAGUGGAGGAGGGCGGGGCUUGUGUGCGAUGGAGGGAGGAGCUGGAAUAAAUGAAGCUGGAUCCCAGGAUAGUUCUGUCUCGUUUAACAGAGAGCAGAUUAUCGUGGAGGUCAACCUCAAUAACCAGACACUGAAUGUUUCUAAAGGGUCCGAUGGCAAGGGUGUCACCUCAAGUACCUCAUCCCUUCUCGUUCACCAUCACGCUAAUAUUUCCACUGGAGAGGAGGCUAAGGGACAAGAUGAUAAUGAAGAUGUUGGCGAGGAUGAAGAAGAGGAGUAUGAACACAGAAAGGAAGGGAUGGAAAAUUGCAGCGAUGAUCAGGACGAUGAGGAUGAAGAAGAGAAUGAUCUUGACAUUCCAGAAACAGAACACACUAGCAUGGAAAGACAGCAUGCCGCAAGGAUACCAAGAGACGCCAUUGGCAUGAGACAGACGCUAAUUGACUCAACACUAAGGGAGGGCAGGAAGAGGAGUAAAGAACAGGAAAGUCUGGGCCAGAAGGUGAAGUUGGAAGAAAAGCAGCACUUUUCUUGCAAGAAGUGCCCUCGUGUUUUUAACAACCGCUGGUACUUGGAGAAGCACAUGAACGUCACCCAUAACCGCAUGCAGAUCUGUAAUAAAUGCGGCAAGCGCUUUUUACUGGAGAGCGAGUUGCUGCUUCACCAUCAGACUAACUGUGAGAAAAACAUACAGUGCGUGACUUGUGGAAAAGCCUUUAAAAAGCUGUGGUCCUUACACGAACACAACAAGAUUGUCCACGGAUAUGCUGAGAAGAAGUUCUCUUGUGAAAUCUGUGAAAAGAAGUUCUACACCAUGGCACAUGUCCGGAAACACAUGGUUGCUCACACUAAGGACAUGCCGUUCACUUGUGAAACGUGUGGGAAAUCCUUCAAACGCAGCAUGUCUCUUAAAGUGCACUCUCUUCAGCAUUCUGGAGAAAAGCCCUUCAAGUGUGAGAACUGCAGCGAAAGAUUCCAGUACAAAUACCAGCUGAGAUCACACAUGAGCAUCCAUAUCGGACACAAGCAGUUCAUGUGCCAGUGGUGUGGGAAAGACUUUAACAUGAAGCAGUAUUUUGAUGAACACAUGAAGACCCACACUGGAGAGAAACCAUAUAUCUGUGAGAUCUGUGGAAAGAGCUUCACGAGCCGGCCCAACAUGAAACGACACCGCCGCACUCACACAGGCGAGAAGCCGUACCCCUGUGACGUCUGCGGACAGCGUUUCCGCUUCUCCAACAUGCUCAAAGCCCACAAGGAGAAGUGCUUCCAGGUCAGCAACCCCAUGGUAUCUGAUACCACCAGUCUUGUCGACAUGGACCCUACGUCAACCGAUAUGGACACCCCGGCCAGACAGUUACCCAGCCACCCCGUAACCCCUCCCGGCGAGGUGUCUAGUCUCCACCAGGUCAAGUCGCUCUCUCUACCCUUCGUUCACUCUAUCGUAGGUCUUCCAUCUCCCCCGGGCCUGUUUUCCGCAGAAAGGGUUAACUCUGGUAACAACUAGUUU